GGGCGUUCACCUCCACUUAAACGCGGGCUUAUUCGGUGCCCCACAUCAUUUGACCAAUUAAAGCACAAUUUGAACUCAAAUGUGAGAGGAGAGGGAGAGGAGACGGAACCAGUCAGACAGUGAAAGAGCAGAAUGAAUGUGGAAUGAAGUGCUUAUGGCCAUCAUUGAAGGAGGGUUCUGACGAGCUGUAUGAAUGAGAGGGAGAAGAAGAAGGGGGCGGGGGGCAGAAAAGAGGAGGAGUGAAAUGUAAUGCACAUCUCACACAGAGGCAGGAGCAGCACUAGAUGGGUUUAAAGAAAGGGUUUAGGGUAAAAAAAAUCCUGUCUAAAAGGUGAGUGAAAGAAGCCAGAAGGGAAGAAACAGAAAGAGAGAUAGAGAGAGCGCAAGUUUGAGAGAGAGAAAGAGAGAGAGAGAGAGAGAGAGAGAGAGAGGGUCCUGCUGUUCACACACGUGCGUUCGGAUUGCCAUACAAGCCACGAGAAGCUGGUUUCCACCGCAAAGGGACAACAUGGGCGCAGUGGUGGGGACGCUGACCAUGCAGACCAAGCAGAGAGCUAUGUCCAGAGAUAAGAUAGAUGAUGAGUUGGAAAUUACCAUGGUGUGUCAUCGACCAGAAGGGCUGGAUAAACUCGAAGCUCAGACCAACUUCACCAAAAGAGAGCUGAAAGGACUGUACCGUGGCUUCAAGAAUGAGUGUCCAAGUGGAGCAGUUAAUGAGGAGACAUUUAAACAGAUAUAUGCACAGUUCUUCCCCCAUGGAGAUGCCAGCACCUAUGCACACUAUCUGUUCAAUGCUUUCGAUUCUACGCAAAACGGCUCUAUUAAGUUUGAGGACUUUGUGACGGCUCUGUCCGUCCUGCUGCGAGGCUCAGUAAGAGAGAAGCUGGAAUGGACUUUCAACCUGUACGACAUUAACAAAGACGGCCACAUCAACAAGGAGGAGAUGACACACAUUGUCAAAGCCAUUUAUGACAUGAUGGGGAAAUACACCUACCCUGCCUUGAAAGUAGAAGUCCCUAGACAGCAUGUGGAGGCCUUCUUCCAGAAAAUGGACAAGAAUAAAGAUGGAGUCGUCACUUUGGAAGAAUUCAUUUUAUCAUGCCAGGAAGAUGAAAACAUCAUGCAGUCCCUACGGCUGUUUGAGAACGUAAUGUAAAGAGAAGAGUAAAGAGAGAGAGACGAGUGGGCAGAGGAGAUUCAACGGAAGGACACUAAUGGACACACUACUGCCUACACCCUGAACAACUUUUAUAAUGUGGACCUGUCUUUAUAUUUACAAACGACCGCACUCCUUGUAAACGCACUGGUACAGCUCCUCAUUGCCUCCCUUCUCUGUCCUCUGUGUCUGCAGCCACCCCUGGUCCCCACAUAUAAGGGCGAUACAAGUGGCAGCAGUGGUUAGGAACCUGGGCUAGUAACCCUAAAGGUUCAGGUUUGAUUCCCCUAGGGCACUGUUGUUGUACGCUCCAGCAACUUACUUCAUCUAAAUUGCUUUGGUACAUAUCCAGCUGUAUGAAAGGACACUGUGAAAAUGUAAAUUUGUUGUAAGUUGCUCUGGAUACAGUAAGUGUGUAAUAGGCUGCAUGUCAACCAUGAAAAGGAUACUCAGCUGUGAACUACAUAUUGCCGUUAAUUUGUGUGAAUUGAACAGGGGUGCAUGCAGAUACAUAGCCCCAUUAUGAUCAUAAUGGGAAAAAAAGAUGCUUAAUCAUAAGAAUGCAUGUUAAAGAUAGCAUACCAGGGGCCUCAUUUGAUGGCAUCUAUUUAAGACAUGAUUAUGAUCAUAAAUGUUGUAUGUGAAGUUUAUACUAGGAGGUAGCCUAUGUUCAUUUCCUGCUGGUUAUCUGCUGCAAGUUUGAGGGCUAGGUGUUAAUCCCCAAAGUGGGCUGUGUUUGCACUUUAAGAAUACCAUUUAAUAAUAAACAAUUUCAGGCAUGAAAAGUGUGAGAAAUGUUGAAAUGCGGCCUUAUUUAGCAAAACAGGGCUGUUAUUGGCUAACUUUGCAAGCAGGAGUAACGGUGAAGCACGCUCACGUCAGUUCUGUAUCACGUAGGAUUUAUAUAUUGCAGGUACGUAAGACGCAGAGGCACCGCUUUAAACCAACGUAAGCGACUUUUCUCGGUCACAGUUAUUUUAAUGAGUGAAGCGUAAUUUGGGAAAUAAUCUUGAGAUGACAUGAUCUUAGUUUUAAAUCCAAAAACAUUAUAAAUUAGGCCCUAGAUCUUCAUUAAGACCAUGUGGAUUAACGGUCUUUAAAUGAAAAAUCCACCUACUUUAAUAGACCAUCAACAUUUGUGCCCAACCAGACUGCAUGCAUUGUUGCUGGGAAUACCCCAUAUACAUUUCUAUUGAUAUCAUUGCAGUGGGAAACAAAUAUUCAUUCUUCAAUUGACAUUUUUUUUAAUGAUUAUAAAUAUAAUUUUAUUAUCAUGACGUUGAGUGUACAGUUUGUGUUUUAUUUAUAUUGAUUAUAUUAUAUUAUUUAUUUAUAUUUUAGUGCACAGUGGUAAUGCCUCCCCACUCUUCUCAGGUGUACAGUUACUAUAACUUACAGUUACUAUAUACUACCUGUUGUUCAGAGUGACUUAACUCAUUGGAUGAUGUCGUAGAGAUCCAGCCUGUGCUCUGCAGUGUCUUUUUGAAAAUGUUUUCUUGUUGAAAAGCUGCUAUCGCCCCCCCCCCCCCCCCAAAAGAAAACAUCCUGAUGACCCGGUUCUCUAUCCAGACUUUGCUUUUUUGUUACAAUAAUAAACAAAUUCAGUUUAGCAUAAAACAUAGCCUUUUCCUGGCAUGUAGUGUACUAUUCACUGACUGUCCUAAUGGAAUUUAAAUUCUCUUGUCAAGAUGUUCUAUAAAAAACACUGAAACAAACUUUUUAGUGAACGAAUCAUGUCUGGAAUAUUUAUUUAUGCAUUUGUUUAUUUGCUGUCUGUAUGGGUGAGCUGAGUUUAUGGAAGCAGACAGUAUUCAGCGCUUGUGACUUGUGCUUCCAGUCAGUUAAGUGUAUUAAAGCAGACAGCCAUGCCCGAGGCUCUCUGCGGCUAAGGUGUCUGCUUUCCAGCGCGUUUCACAGAUCUGGAACAGUUUCACGGAACCGACGCACACUGUACAUCUAACGCAUAUCUCAAAGUGUGUGUGUUGCGAAGCACUUGAAAAGAGCCAUCCUGUUGAGUUCUACCCAGUACCUGUACCGCUUCUGUUGUCACUGUUGGUGUUAUUGCCCCCCCCCCC